UUCAGCUGAAUUCCCCAACUCUAGAAUUUUCUCGGAGCCACUGGAAGUGUUUUCUUGUACUUAAAGGCCAUCCGGUUCUCUUUUCCAUUCAAGACGGAGAUUUGAGCAUCUUACUGGGUCAGUGCCGCCUCUCAUCGAAAGUGAGGCCCAAGUUGGACGCAAAUUCGUGACAAGUGGUCAGCUCUUACUGGUCAUAUCGACAACACAGUGAGCUAUUUUCGUUUCGUCCGAUACCUCUGGAAGCUCUUGUCGGCGCUGGAUACUCUGAUUCUGCGCAAUCGGAACACACGGUUUUGGACGUGUCGGCACCCAUAAGUUUUCGUGGAAACUUCAAAUUCUCUGUGCUGGAAACUGCUUGCCUCCUGUUACUCAAUAGCCAAGGUCGGAGAAUCAUCAACGAGGUGCCUUUUUUUUCACACUCUAAUUUGUAUAUCGCCCGCAAGCGAAUUGCUUUCACGAAGUAGUAGGCGUGCGAAAUUCGAGCAGUGAUCGUAGAAUUGGGGCUCAGACCUUCCUGAAGCGCUAAGCGUACUCAUCCAGUUUGUGAUGGCGAUCUCUCUUGACGAGCUCUUCUCGGACAAGUACAGCACAGCGGUCGUUGCAACGGCAGUAGCAGCUGCAGCAGAAGCAGCAGCCGCCGCCGCCGCCGAAGAAACCCCGGAAGCAGUUAGUCCUCCCGAAGCCCAGAAGGAAGUGAAGGAGGCAGCGAAGGAAGAGGUAAAGGAAGAACCCAAGGAAGAAGUGAUCGAGCUGAAAGUUCCAAUCUGCUGCGAAGGUUGCGUUGAGAAAAUGGAAAAGAAGCUUAUUCUCAUGGAAGGUAUGCUCAAGGCGUAGUGGGUGUGGAUUGUGAUGUUGAGAAGCAAAAGGUGACAGUGCGAGGAACAGCAAAACUUGAAGUCGUGUUGAAAAAAGCUCGAAAAAUUCAAAGGCGCUCCGAAUUAUGGAAGGACUGAUUAAUAUUGGAUUUUUGCUUCGCUGAUGAAAAGAGUAAAUAUCGGGUUGUUGCCCGACGAGUGUACAGAGCCUUCCUCACGCGAUCAGGAGCGUAAUUCAAGUUGGCCCCCUAAUCACAGGACGCAAUUUUGCGCAUUUUGAGAGUUAGGCCCGCCGACAUUUACCCGGGGAGACACAGAUACUGCCAUCGUAGAGCUCGAAGCUUUCGGUGUUCGUCACUAGCAAUGCUCGUGUAUCGUGUCGGCCUACGCGAGCUCGUGUAUAUUGAGCUGUAAAUUCUGGCUGAAUCUAGUGGCAGACCAGAAUUCUUGAAGAUGGACGCAACUAUCAGCUACGCAGUCCCCAUGAAUUGAAGCACGUUUUAUAGAGUAUUAAGAAGGUAUUUCUCCGUAGUUUACAAUCAAACACAAUCCAAAAUAGGAAGUUCGGCCACCGGAGAGCUAUGACAUCCAACACUGUUGACGAGGACCAGAUUCCCUUUGCGGAAGUACGAAGGAUUGUUACUACGGGUGAAGGUAGCCACACCUUGCUGAUGAUAAUGCAGAUAGUUUCGGAUGGACGUUCAUCUGGUGAGAUGGGGAAAUGUGGACAUGACAAGGACAAGACAAGCUUGGCAGGGUGGAUGUGAGGCUGGAAGAUAAAAUCUCUCAGAGAAACAGAGAUGUUUUUUCCAGGCAGACACUUUCCCGGUUUAGUUAUACAUUCACAUUGCAUUGAGCAUGGCUAUAUUCAGAGUGGAGAACAUAAUUGUGAAUAAACAGAAUUACG